UAUUCUAAGUCCGAAAAAAUUGCGGCACGCUCGGCACGCUCGGCACGCUACAACAACCGUGGUUGAACUUUGAACAGUCAGAAACGCCACUCAUGCUACCUUGCAGCCACUUGAGCCCAUUAACUUUGGAUCCUUGCACAUCAGAUUAUCAGAUUGAGCAUCUCGUGGUGAUCCAGGACUUAUUUGCAACUCUGUGAUCAUGAACGACACGGGUCUCUCUUUGGAUCCCAAUCCAAUACACUUAGAUUUGGACCUCCCGGCCAUAAAGCUUGAACUGCUUCAGAAGUCUUUGGAAUGCCAACAACGAGGCCUGUCACAUUCCCACAAAUGGUUGGCAGAGAUUAAUUAUGCCUUAAGGUCAGUGUCUCUGCCGUCAGAGUUGGCGGCAAAAGCAACUUUGGGAGGCACUCCCAAUGAGCACGACUUUGAUCUCUACUUAAUGGCCAAAAGCUAUUUUGAUGUGAAGGAAUAUGAUCGAUGUGCCCAUUUCACGGCUAACUCAGACUCGUCAAAAUUGCAAUUUCUCCAUCUGUACGCGAGAUAUCUAUCCGGAGAGAAAAAGAAAUUGGAAGAUAUGACUGACGCGGUUUCAACGCCGGAAAAGCUGCGCCUAAAGCAUUUACGAGAUUUGCGGGAAGAGAUGGAAAAGCUGCACAAUGAGGAGAAGUUGGAUGGUUAUUGCCUUUAUCUGUAUGGAAUAGUUCUGAAGAAGCUAUCAUUGAAUUCCAUGGCUCGAGAUGUGAUUUCUGAGGCUGUCCGUCAAGAGCCCUGCCAUUGGGGUGCUUGGUUAGAGUUAUCCGGACAUAUCACAGAUCGAAAUGAGAUUGAGCAUUUGGAUCUGCCCGAACACUGGAUGAAGCACUUCUUUCUAGCCCACACCUAUCUGGAACUUCAGCUCAACGAGGACGCAUUAGGAAUAUAUUUCGGACUCCAAGCCCGUGGUCUUCAAGACUCAACUUACAUUCUAGCCCAAAUAGCGAUCAUCUUCCAUAAUAUGCGUCAAGUUGAUCAAGCCGUUGAAUAUUUCCUCAAAGUGACCACCACGGAUCCGUGUCGUUUGGAUAAUUUGGAUACAUACUCCAAUCUCUUGUAUGUCAAAGAGCAUCGAGUGGAUCUGGCUCACUUGGCUCAUCGAGUUGCUCAAAUCGAUAAAUAUCGCCCGGAGACUUGUUGCAUCAUUGGAAACUACUAUUCGUUACGCUCUCAACAUGAUAAAGCGGUCACAUAUUUCCAAAGGGCUUUAAAACUAAAUCCAAACUAUUUAUCGGCUUGGACCCUAAUGGGACACGAAUUCAUCGAGCUCAAAAACAUUACUGCUGCCAUACAGUGCUAUCGACAUGGAAUUGAAGUUAGCAAGCGCGACUAUCGUGCUUGGUAUGGACUUGGACAAACCUAUGAACUGUUGAAGAUGUACUAUUAUUGCCUGUAUUACUACAAAAAGGCUCAGGAACUCAGACCCACCGAUUCCAGGAUGCUUGUGGCCUUGGGAGGUGCCUACGAAAAACUAGAAAAGUUCCAGGAUGCCAAAAAAUGCUUUUGGAAAGCCCAUUGUGUGGGCGAUAUUGAAGGUGGAAUAGCGUUGCUCCAUUUGGCUAAGCUCUUUGAACGUACGAGUGACACUGAGCAAGCGGCUGCGGCAUAUUUCCAAUACAUUCAGGAUUCUGAGCAACAAGGCAUUGGGGAACGAGAUCAACAAGGACUGGCAUUUAAGUUUUUAGCCCAAUACUUCCUGGACAAAGAUCAACUCGAAGAUGCGUUCGAGUACGCCCAAAAAUGCACAGAGUUUGCCGACACCAAAGAGGAUGGCAAGUCCAUGCUCAAGGAGAUCACCAAUAAACGCGCCCAACGAGGCGAAGUCCAUCCCGGCGGAGUGAUGGUAUUUUCAAGUACGUCUGGAAAUACAACUGACCAACCUACCAGACCUUUCCCUCGGACAUCGCGUGAUCUUGAGCCCAUGAAUCUGACUUUCACUCCUUAAGAAAUAAACGCCCUUUAUCACCAUCA